AUGAUUUCGACAGUUUCAGUCGCUUCGUCUUCCCGCAUCUCCCGGCGCCAUUUCCGCCGCUCCUUCCGCUCACUACCCGCGCUCGCCGUCACCGUCGCCUCUCUUCUCUUCGCAGACCGCUCGCUCUUCGUUCCCGCUUCCUCGUCGUACGCCGCGAAAGGCGGGGUGCACAGUAACAACGAUCAUUUCAACAAGGGUGGCGGCGCGGGGGGAACGGUGUCGGAGCCGGCGAUCGCGACACGAGAGGGUGGCAGUGGCGCAAGAGACGGGGGAGGAGAGAAGAAUUCAAAGUUCUGGGAGCGUGUGAGGCGGAGCGAAAGCAUGAGCUGGACGUGCCAUGGCGAUAGCAACAGCGAGAUGGUCGAUAAGUUGCUCCGCAGCGGAAUUGUUCAAUCAGAGCGUAUCGCGGAGGCCAUGAAGCAGAUUGACCGCGCCGACUACGUGUUGACCAAGUCAACGGCCUACGACGACUCCCCACAACCCAUAGGUUUCAACGUUACCAUAUCAGCACCUCACAUGCACGGCUACUGCCUGGCCUUUCUAGAGAAUCACCUGCAACCCGGUAACCGCGUGCUCGACGUGGGGUCGGGCUCGGGCUACCUGACAGCUGUCAUGGCGCUAUUGGUGGGCCCCACGGGGCGGGCGGUGGGCGUGGAGCACAUCCCUGAGCUCGUGGAGCGAUCCCGGGCGGCGGUGAGGGCCGGUCGGGCGGCGGAACUGAUGGAAGGCGGACAGCUGUCGAUACAUGAGGCGGAUGGGCGGGAGGGGUAUCCGGAUGCGGGGCCAUACGAUGCCAUCCACGUGGGGGCUGCUGCUCCGGAGCUCCCCCAGGCGCUGGUGGAUCAGCUAAAGCCGGGCGGCAGAAUGGUGAUUCCCGUCGGCCGUUUCAUGCAGGACCUAGAGGUGAUAGACAAGGGUGCAGACGGCGCUGUCACUCGCACCACAGCCAUGGGUGUCCGAUACGUGCCACUGACCGCUAAGGAGAAGCAACUGGGGAGGGAGUGA